AUGCCUUCUAAUAUCAAUCUCGUCGAUGAGUAUCUCGCCAAAGGGACAUGGAAGACGGCUGAAAACGCAAACUCGACCUACUCGCAUCAAGGUUUAAUGCAAUAUGUUUCCAACCAAAUUAUCUCUCAAUAUUGGCUGGAAAAAGUAUACACUGAUGAGAUCCGGCAGUAUGAUGGCGAAAAUCGCUUUCAUAUCCAUGACCUUGGGUUCUUGAGCGCCUACUGCUCCGGCUGGAGCCUUGAGGACAUCCUCUUUCAGGGCUUUGGCGGCGUCGAGAACAAGAUCCAGUGUCGGCCUGCCAAUCACCUCAACACCGCUCUCAACCAAGUUGUUAAUUUUCUCUUCACCCUGCAAGGUGAGCUUGCCGGUGCUCAGGCCCUGUCCAGCUUUGAUACGUACUUGGCACCCUUCAUCCGGAGUGACGAUUUGUCUUACCCCGAGGUGUUCAAAUAUAUACAAAGCUUUGUCUACUCUCUGAAUGUCCCAACGCGAAGCGGAUUUCAGGCUCCCUUCACCAACCUGUCGCUUGAUCUUAUUUGUCCGAAGCGGCUGGGGGAUCAAGCAGUUAUCAUUGGUGGGAAGCUUCAUCCAGAAUGGAUCUACAGUGAUUUUCAAGAAGAGAUGGAUAUGCUGAACAAGGCGUUUGCGGAAGUGAUGAUGCAGGGCGACGGUAACGGCAACAUCUUCUCCUUUCCCAUCCCGACCUACAAUAUCUCCGAUGAAAUUGACUGGGAGUCGUCUCGUUGGGAGUCCAUUUGGGAGAUGACUGCCAAGUACGGCGUCCCAUAUUUUGCCAAUUUUGUCAACAGCGAUCUCGAUCCUGAAGACUUCCGCUCCAUGUGCUGUCGCCUGCGUCUCGAUCUGAGCAAACUUCAUUGCCGCGUUGGCGGUCAAUAUGGAGCAAGUCCGCUGACCGGCUCAAUUGGGGUCGUCACGGUCAAUCUCCCCAAUCUUGCUUAUCGAUCAAAUGGGUCAAAAGAAAUCUUCACGUCGGAGCUCUCAGAGACGUUGAGAGUCGCCAAGGAUUCGUUGGAGAUCAAACGAAAGCUUGUGGAAACUAACUCGGCUCUGUAUCCGUAUGCUGCGCAUUAUCUUGCUGCGACUAAGCAGCGGACAGGAUCGUACUGGACGAACCAUUUCAGCACAAUCGGAGUGAAUGGGAUGAACGAGGCACUGAUUGCGCUGUUUGGCAAGGGAAUCGACGCAGAGAAGGACUUUGCUCUCCAAGUAAUGGAAUCCAUCAAAGAGAAGUUGCAAGAGUUCCAAGGAGAAACAGGCAAUCUCUACAAUCUGGAAGCCAGUCCAGCAGAAAGCACGUGUUACAAGUUCGCCAAGCGGGACAAGGAGUUGUUUCCAAACUAUGAUAUACCUACAUUCUACACUAAUUCGACCAUGCUCCCCGUCGGAGCGACUGAGGAUAUCUUUGAGGCCAUGGCCCAUCAGGAAGACCUCCAGUGCUCGUAUACGGGAGGCACUGUCUUUCAUACUUUUCUGGGAGAGCAACUAUCAAGCUGGAAGCUGGCUCGUGAUUUAGUGAAAUCUCUGACAAGCCGGUUCCGUCUCCCUUAUAUUACCCUGACACCUACGUUUAGUAUUUGCCCGACCCAUGGGUAUCGGACAGGUGAACAACCGCAGUGCUCGGAUUGCGGUGAGCCUGCCCUGGUGUACUCUCGCAUCGUUGGCUAUUUCCGGCCUACUCGAGACUGGAACAGGGGUAAGGCGACAGAGUUUCUGGAACGCAAGACGUACAAUUACAAGACAGGCCUGCAGCACUCGGAGACUGACAAGAUUGACAACAAAGAUGCAGAAUUGGAGCGCCAGGUAGCCGCUAUCGCCGACCUUCCCUUGGCGGGAUAUAUCAAGAACACUCUUAGUGACUACCCGGGCAAGGUGCAGGCCUCUAUUCUAUUCACAUCACGUUGUAACCUAGCCUGUCCCUGGUGCCACAAUGGCCCGCUUGUUGAAGGAGAACGCGAAGACGUGACGAUUCUCGACGCAUUCCGCCUUAUCACUUCCACCUCUCACAAAUCAUUGGUUAUCUCUGGUGGAGAGCCAACAAUUCACAAAGGCCUGCUUCCAUUCUUGCGAAUUCUCAAACAAGCUGGCGUCAGUGUGAAGCUAGACUCCAAUGGAACCUCACCUGCUGUGCUGAAGCGAGUUUUUGACGAGAAUCUGGUUAAUUUUGUGGCGAUGGACAUUAAAUGCGCUUUGGAGAACUACAAAAAGGUCACCGGUCGCAAAGUGAAGCCCAAAGUCCUCGAGACCAGCAUCGAACUCAUCAAGAAUAGUGGGGUGAGGUACGAGUUUCGUACGACGGUGGUACCAUCACUGGUGGACGUGGAAGACCUUUUCGAGGCGAAGCGAUUAUCCGGCCAGAAAUUGACCGUGCAGCGAUUCCGGAAUGGCGAAACUCUCUUGGACAAGGAUUUUCGAACUCUCAAGGAGCAUACAGAUGGAGAAUUCGAAGCAUUGGUGGCUCAAGUGGCAUAG